CCCGCCGCUUUUCACCCGUGAAGCAACUGUCGCGACUCCGAUCGCUUUACGGCAGCUGAAACGGAACGCGAUUGGACGAUUCGUGCCGUAAAUCGUGACGGUGGCAGAACGCAUGGGGAUAUCGCGGUGGCGGCGCGUGUGAGCUUCUGAAACGAUGGAGGCCAAAUCCCAGAAACCCUUUUCUCCUAAAGGAGGAAAGAAGUUUACUCAGAAAGGAAAAGACUCCAUAGGGACUAAACUGGGAGGAAAGCCGGGCGGUAAACUGGGCGGUAAACCUGGAGGUAAACUGGGCGGUAAACCUGGAGGUAAACCAGGUGGUAAGAAACCCUUUAAACCAUACAACAACGCGGAGAAGAAGAGCAGGCCGGGGCAGGGAAGAUAUGACGGCAAAAAAGAACAGAAAUUUGGUUUCUCCAAAGCCGGGAUGGGACAGAAGAAGAGGAAACUACACCCAGCUAAAGAUGAAGAGGGUGAAGGUCCGGGGGCAAAGAGGGUCAAGAAGGGAGAGUUUCAGCCUAAGAAAGAGAUGACGAAGGAGGAGAUGAAGAAAAACAGGCAGCAGAGGAAGAAGGACCUGAAGAAGAACAGACAGCAGGCGGAGAGGAAGGACAUGUUCGAGAUCAUCUGUCACUCCAAACAAGUGUGGGGAAACCUCAGGAGGAAGAAUUGUGACGAGGACUUGAAGAAGAAACUUAUGAAGGAGCUUCAUGAUCUGAUCCGUGGGAAAAUCAAACAGAUGGCGUUUGCUCACGACUCGGUGCGCGUGCUGCAGUGCUUCAUCCAGUUCGGGAGCCACGAGCAGAGAAAGGAAGUGUUUGAAGAACUCAAAGAUGAUGUCAUUGGUUUGUGUAAAUCUCAGUACGGCCGACACGUGGUGAAAAAACUGCUGAUGUACGGGAACAAGGAGCUGUUGGCGGCCGUGAUGCAAACGUUUAAAGGUCACGUGCGCACGAUGCUGCGCCAUUCCGCCGCCUCGUCCAUCAUCGAGUACGCCUACAACGACAAAGCUGUGCUCGCACAGAGACUCAUGCUCACAGAGGAGCUGUACGGCAACACCUUCACUGUCUGCAAG